GAAUUGCGAUCUCUGGCGGCUCCCGUUUCCUUUUCAGCGAACAUGAAAAGUUUCCGACAAUUCUUUUACUGGUUUCUUCUUCUGUUCGUCUCUGCAUUACUGAGAUCCACCAUUGUUUAUCCCUUGACGGAGAAGGAGAUAUUGCUUGAAUUCAAAGGCAACGUUACCGAUGAUCCUUACAAUAGCUUAAACUCCUGGCAAUCUGCUCGAGAUCCUUGCGAGGAUUUCCAUGGUGUAUUUUGCAAUCCUGAAGGAUAUGUAGAGAGAAUAGUGUUGUGGAACACUAGCCUCGCCGGAGUAUUGUCGCCCAGCUUAUCUGGCUUGAAAUCCUUGCGGAUACUAUCGUUAUUCGGAAAUCGAUUUACUGGCUCUUUACCGCAGGAAUUCUCCGAAAUUGUGACCUUGUGGAAGCUUAAUUUGAGUACUAAUGCGUUAUCUGGACAGAUUCCUGAGUACCUCGGAGAUCUUCAGAGUAUUCGUUUGCUGGAUUUGUCGACGAAUGGUUUUACUGGAGAAAUUCCUGAAGCUCUCUUCAAGUACUGCUCAAAGACGAGGUUCAUUUCUUUCUCGCACAACAGUCUCUCCGGUUCAAUUCCGAUGUCUAUUGCAAACUGCUCGAAGCUUAUUGGAUUCGAUUUUUCUUUCAACAAUCUCAGCGGUAGUUUUCCUGCAGAGAUUUGUAUCCCUCCGAGCAUAUCCUACGUAUCCCUGAGAAGCAAUUCUCUAGCAGGGAAUAUUCCGGAACAGAUUUCGGCGUGCCAAAGCUUGGAAUUUCUGGAUCUUGGGAGGAAUUUGUUCACAGGUUUGGCUCCUUUCAAUGUUCUUGGACUGAAAAACUUCAGCUAUUUCAACCUAUCUUCGAACCACUUUCAGGGGAAGAUUUCCCAGAUACAGACCUGUAGCGAUCGAAUGGAAAUUUUUGACGUUUCGUGGAAUGAUAUAAAUGGAGAGAUCCCGUCGAGCAUUGCGAAUUGCAGAAGCCUAAGGAUUUUGGAUUUAAGUUUUAACCAGCUCAAUGGUAGUAUUCCAAUUGGAAUUGCAGAAUUGAAGAUGCUCUCUGUUCUCAGAUUGGGUAACAACACAAUUGAAGGCACGAUCCCGCUUGAGCUUGGAAGCAUUGAACAGCUACAAGUCCUGGAUUUGCACAAUCUUCGUCUUACUGGUGAAAUCCCCAGCGAUCUCAGCAAUUGUGAAUUUCUACUUAAGCUGGAUCUUUCAGGUAAUAUGUUACUGGGAGAAAUUCCUCUCACCUUAUACAACAUGACAUACCUGCAAUUUCUUGACCUACAUCGAAACCAGCUGAACGGAAGCAUCCCACCAAGUCUGGGAGAGCUGUCUUGGAUUGAAUUGCUUGAUCUAUCUGAAAAUUCGCUCUCUGGGCCAAUUCCUGAAUCCCUUGGAAACUUAACAUUGCUGACAUUUCUUAACCUAUCCUUCAACCAUCUCUCUGGAGAGAUUCCUGCAGUUCCCAUCUUACAGAAAUUCGGCGCCGCCGCCUUCUCUCCUAAUCCUGGGCUCUGUGGGCUUCCUCUUAACACGCUUUGCUCCAGAAAUGGAAAUGGCAACAAUUCGAUAUCAGGGAGACUGAAGGUUUCAGCAAUUGUGGCCAUUGUUGCUGCAGCAGUUAUCCUCACUGGGGUCUGCGUGAUAUCCUUCAUGAACAUAAGGGCUCGCAGAAGAAGAGACGACGAGGUGUUGGCUGUGGAGAGUACCCCACCAGCUUCAACAGAUUCAGAUGUUAUCAUUGGGAAGCUGGUUCUCUUCAGCAAAAGCUUACCUUCCAGGUACGAGGAUUGGGAAGCAGGCACAAAAGCUUUGCUUGACAAGGAUUGUGUGAUUGGUGGUGGAUCCACUGGGACAGUUUACAGAACCAGUUUUGAAGGUGGAAUCUCAAUUGCAGUGAAGAAGCUCAAAACACUAGGAAGGAUCAGGAACCAAGAUGAAUUUGAGCAGGAGGUUGGGCGACUGGGCAACCUUCAACAUCCCAAUCUAGUAACUUUCCAAGGUUACUACUGGUCCUCUACAAUGCAGCUAAUUCUGUCCGAAUUCGUUCCCAAUGGGAAUCUAUAUGAGCAUCUACAUGGAGUAAGUUACCCUGGUACCAGCACCAGUGGUGGCAGAAGGGAACUGUACUGGUCUAGGAGGUUUCAGAUUGCCCUUGGAACGGCGAGAGCCCUUGCUUACCUUCACCAUGACUGUAAACCGCAAGUUCUGCAUCUAAACAUCAAGUCCAACAAUAUACUUAUAGAUGAAAGGUAUGAAGCCAAGUUAUCUGAUUACGGGUUGGUCAAGCUGCUGCCCAUGUUGAGUAAUUACGGUUUAACUGAGUUCCACACAGCUGUUGGAUAUGUAGCACCAGAACUUGCUUGCCAGAGCUUAAGGUUCAGUGACAAAUGUGAUGUCUAUAGCUUUGGAGUCAUCUUACUAGAAAUUGUUACUGGGAGGAAACCAGUGGAAAGUACAGUAGCAACUGAGGUGGUGGUUCUGAGUGAGUACGUUAGGAAAUUGUUGGAAGAUGGAGCAGCUUUGGAUUGUUUUGAUAGAACCUUACGCGGGUUUGCUGAGAAUGAGUUGAUUCAGGUUAUGAAGUUGGGGCUCAUCUGUACUUCUGAAGUUCCUUCCAGGAGACCCAGUAUGGCAGAGGUUGUUCAAGUUUUAGAAUCCAUUAGAUCUGGUUCAGAAUCACAGUAGUCAAGGGGAAAAUUUAACAUGGAAUCCAGGAUUAUGGGGUUGGUGUAGAUUAGACAAGAGUAUGUUCUAGGCAAGAAAAUGGGACCCCCACAAGCAAUUGGAGGGGGGAAUGGGGGAAAAUAUAAAAAGAAAAACAUUCUUUUUAAUUCUUUUGUGAUUAUCAACUUACCAUUGUGAACUUGUAAGGGGAAUUCUUCAUUUUUUAAAUAAAAUCAUUUAGUUCAUCUAUCAAUGGCAGCC